AUGGAUGGUGAAAAAUCCCAAAACCCGGACGCCCCACGGAACUGCCAGUCCUGCGAUCGGCCCGAUACAGCGGAGAGCGAGAUGGUCCAGUGCAGCGCCUGCAAACUAUGGGAGCACUUCGGAUGUGCUGGAGUCGAUGGGAGCGUGAAACAACCCGAUAUAAGGUAUGUCUGUGGGAAGUGCAUGGCCAAGCAGGGACCUUCUACCGGAGGGGCCCUCCAAGUCCCCAGGGACGACAAGACGAAGAAGAAAGUCGCGAAAGGAAGUUCUAGAACAACGUCGAAAAGGGGGAAAACGGCUGCUGAUCCACCGAAGAGUGUCUCGUCCAGUAUCCGGGAGAAGCUAUUGGAUGAAGAGUUAAAGCUCGUCGCGGAAGAGCAGCGGCUGCAAGAAGAAGCACUACAUGAGCAAGAAGAUAUUCGACGGCGCCAGUUGGCCGAAGAGGAACGCCGACUGGAGGAAAAACGGCGACUAGCGCAAGAGGAAAGUGAGAUGCGCGGGCGAAAACUGCAGGAAGAGCUGGAGUUGAAGCGGAAGAAGAUGCAGAUUCGGAAGGAGUCGCUCGAGAAACGCCAGGCUCUCAUCCGAGAAGCGGCGUUGACGAGCAGCAGGAGUGGUUCGGUCCAGAAUUCAAGCGAGAAGGUGAAACAGUGGCUAGAUUUGCAGAACGGUGUUGGAGGAUCCAAAGGAGAACUAGGGGACGACGGCAAUGGACAACGACAGCCUGCCAAUCACGAUCCACUAGAAAAUCCUGUAGACCCAGCAUUCGAAUACCCCGAUAUCAGAGCGCUUUCGGUCGUGCCGGACCUUCCCCGCUUUCCGAACGCGUCAGCUCAAAUGAUGCAAAAUCCUUUACGGCGCUCGUCAAGACAGUCUGCCGAUCACGAUCCACGGGAACAUCCCGCGGACCCAGCAUUUCAGUACCCUGGUAUCGGAGCGCUUCCGGUCGGGCCGGACUUUCCCCGCUUUCCGAACGCGCCAAGUCAAUUAACGCAAAAUCCUUUGCGACGCUCAUUGACCAUUCGUCCACCGGUUCACACUGGCCUAUCUUCAUCAGCAACUUCGAACAGUCCACAGCAACCUGUGGAUACUCAGAAGCGGAGAAUCUAG